UGCCGUCGCGGGCUGGGUCACGGGCGCGCUGACUAAUUCCCGCUCUGCUCCUCCAAGGCUCUGGUGGCUCUUUCAACCUCUCAGGAUCCGGAGACAUGUUUCUGGGAAUGCCCGGGCUCAACGGAGACUCCUACGCGGCUUCCCAGGUGGAAUCGCUCCGGCACUCAAUGGGGCCAGGAGGCUAUGGGGAUAACCUCGGGGGCAGCCAGAUGUACAGUCCUCGGGAAAUGAGGGCAAAUGGUGGCUGGCAGGAGGCUGUGACCCCAUCCUCAGUGACAUCCCCAACAGAGGGACCAGGGAGUGUUCACUCCGACACCUCCAACUGAUCUCGCCCCUCAGGGUCACGGGGGCAGGGGCUCUCGCAAGGCGACUCUCGAGCACACAGGCACCCAGAGGACAAACCCCAAACACAGAAGCACAAGACAGACGGGCGAGUGGGGACCUCCCCUCCCCAACUGGACUCUUCAGUGCUGGGGGUGCUGACGACUUGGCAGGGAGAAUGGGGCCCCUAAGGGGAGAGUGGGGAUGUGGGGUCAGUCUCCCCUUUUUUUCUGUCUUUUUC